UCCAAUUCAUUAAAGUUUAUCCUGUUGUUACUGGAACAGUUUACUUUUGAAUUAUUAACAUUGACUAACUGAUUUGAAAGUCAUUACAAUGAAAAAUACGAUUGGACUCAUCUUUUUAUUUGCUGUUUUCAAUGUGUCGUUAUCCUUACGAGAGUUGGACUUUAUCGGAAGUCUAUACCCUGAAGGUAUACCAAAGCAGUUACUGAAUUUAUUGGUAACUCGGCGAAGUAAUCAAGUCAAGGCCAAGUCCGCAUUGGAAUCGAUUCCUAGAGACGCAAAAACCUUUUACAUUGAAACUGAACAAUCGUUACAGUUACUUUUGAAAUCAAUGAAUGACACUAAAAUCAGUGAUGCUACUCAAUAUUACUCAGAUGUUCUGGAGCUUUUAUACCAUGCUGAAAAAGACUUGAAAUUUGUUAAUGUUGAUUUCAUGACUGUCGAUUCGCGCUCUAGUUUACCAAAAGGAGAACUUCAAGCUAUGAUUGACGCUUAUGCCGAUGAUAUUGCGAUGGUUCUUGUUUAUGAAGCAGCAUUUGGACGUUUAGAUAAAGUGGAUAUGGAGAUUGUCGAUCGUCUAAAAUCAUUGUCCAAUAAUUUGAAAGAUUUAACUAUUUAUCAUGACAGUGGACUUGCCAUAGAGGAACUAAGUAUUGCACGGAAAGCAAUGGAUCAGUGUUUGUUGCAACUUCGUUUCUUGUUGCAUCAAUUCACAGAAACUUUCCUUUUUCAUUAACCAUAAUUUUGUCAUUUCAUCGCUGUUCUAGAGAAUAAUAUUGAAUCAAUUUAUAAAAGCUUUCGUCCAUUAUUAACGUUAGUUACAAUUUUGGAGUUUCAUUAUCCAUAAAAUGUAAUAAAAAUUGACUUGUCAAAGAAAA